CGUGCGGAACGAAAGACACUCAAAUUGAUGCCGUCUCGUUGGGAUCACACGCCGCACGCAAACAUAAUGAGCAUAAAAGUUGACGACACAGUUUUUUAAAUGUUGAUAAUACAAUAUUCCCUCAUUAUUCGCACGGGAACCGUUCAGAAGAUGCUCUUGAAGAGUGCAUUUUGCGGAUAAUGAUGUUGCCUACGAGAUUAUUUACCUUGAAUAAAUACAGAAAGUAGCUAUAAAAAACAUGGAAAUUAUCAUGGCACGACAAAAUUAGUAAAUAAAUAUUAAAGUAUCUUAUCGCUUUACCUCUCGAUGCAGUCGUGUAUAGUUCCAGAUGCGAUUCGCAGAUAGCCAAAUUCGCGGAUAUCGAGUUUGUCAAUGACGAGGAAAUACUGUAUGAUGAUUUAUUAGUACAGAACGGCCACCCCGUCCACUUUCGUGUCAACAAGAUUUACUCGGUCAAAGAGAUCAAGAGAGAGAGGAGGGAGGUUCUUCAGCGGGAACGAAACAGGAGGAUUUCUCCACAAAUCUGUCUGUCGCCUGAUGAAGCUGGUUUUAAUUGCUGGAGGAACGUCAUACUCAAGAUUAGUUUACACUGUAAUCUCCUCGCUUCUCCUCGAGCAUUCUAGUUCUUAAAAGUACUUCACUCAAGACGGUUACUUGACCAAACAGGUGUGCAAUGGAUAACAAUUUUACAAAAGAGAUACGGAAGCGUUACGAGCAGCUCCCGACACUCUUUGAGCUGACACACGACCUACCGCACGGCAGCACGUACAUCAACAUUGUCAUCGCAAAACUGGAGCGGAAACAGGCGCAUGAAGCCACCGCAGAAGAGUUUGACAGCGACGUCUGCGCCCUCAACUGCCUCACCUAUUUAUACCUAUCGCAAGAUCAGCUGGCCAAAGCCGAGUCGUCAGUGACAGCUGCCCUAGUAAAGGAGCCGUGCAGUGUGACAGCACUGGCCAACAAGUGUGAGCUUCACUUGCAUCGCUACGAAUUUGAGGCCGCCAGCAGAAUGGCGGAGGCACUGGACAGGGAGAAGGGAAACAAGGCAGCAGUUGCUACGGCCUUGGCUGAGCAGGGCUACUGUCUCUCCCGUCUGGGUCCCGUGGCACAAUUCAAGGCCAUCGACAAAUAUUCGCAGGCCAUCGAGAUGGGCCACGAUCACUGCACUCCUGACAAACUUGUUUCUUGGAAGUACGGUUUGGCUUUGAACCUCGACAGGGUGUUUGAGAUUGACAUUUUGAGAGAGAACCCCGACUUUGACAAGAAUGAACACUUUCAACAAGCCGUGGAAGCCCUUUCACACGUUGUCCACACGGACGACAGAUUUUACAAGGCCAAAGGUUUCGCAGUUUUGGGCCAGAUAACCAAGAAAUUUUUCAACCACAGGAAUGUCAGGGAUUUCGAGAGUGCCCGUAUUGUGGAGGUGGGCGACGAGGCGCUCACCGUGUCAGAGUGCUUCGAGAGGGCCUGCGUGAUUGCGCCCCAGGACCACUGGGUGCUGGAGAGGGCGGGAAAGCACUGGAGGCACAUGCGCCAAUACGACCGAGCUCUGGAGCUCCUGCACAAAGCCUACGCGCUCUGCCCCUCGUCCUUUUCUCUCCACCACCUCGGGCUAACCUACCGCACCCUAGCAGAUCAAGCUCAUGCGAGGACCCUGGAUGCUCCUACUGCAGGAUAUAGCAGGGAUUUCAGAGGUCAAAGACACCCUUGGCGGCUAGCAAACGCAGCUGGCCGUGGCCAGAACUUGUUUGUCAGAGAUGAGCCGAUGACACACCUCUGCGAUGUGAGCGCAGACUUUGCUGCUUUGAGCAUCACUAGUGGGGAAGACGGGCAGCCCAAGUGCACAUUGCGAGUCAGGCGGCCUUUAUUCCCCAGCAGAAGGCCUAGAGGGGGCAGACAGCCUUUCUACAGCUCCGGACGAAUGCUAGGGCAGUCGCCUCAUUGCCCUGGUGGGGCAGCGCAGAACCCGGAGAACACGCAGGCACGUGGCCACAGACGGGGAAGAGGAAAGAGUCUUUUCAAUUGCUACAGAGAAGUCAAAGAUCCACAUGUCACAGAACUUCUAGACCAAGCGAUUAAGUACAUCAGAGAGGGGAUUGAGCUGUCAAAAGAAACGGGUCCCCAACUGUUGGUGGCCCUGGCCGAGAUAUAUGUAUCACUUGGCAAAACAGAAGAGUCUGAUGAUUGCUUCCGCAGGUCCAUAAAGACAGGCAAAUACGUCUCCCAACUCUUUCGUGCGCGGACAUUCGAGAAUUGGGGUUUGAACAUGCAAGAGCGUGGCGAUCAGCAGAGAAGUGAACAGCUACUCCGAUUAGCAAUUGAAAGCGCUGCCAAGGUGAAGAGUACACGCAAGGUGGCUCUAGACAGUCUCAUAGAGCAACUAAAGGAAUCUCAAGGCCAGACCCCUAAAAUGCUUCGCUCUCGCUCCAAACUUUAUGAACUCGUGGGCCUUCAUGGACAGGCUCUGAGUGCACUGUGGGAGGCAGACACUAUCCAGCCACAAGAUCCUGACACCUUGCUUGGCCUGGUCAAGAACCUGGCCUUCAGGAAGCAGUAUGAUGAGGCGCUCAUGUACUGGGCCUUCCUCAGAUCCACAGAAUCUGGAGACCAUCUGAUUGACAGUGACGUUUUGGAAAACAUUUAUUUUGGUGCAGCCGAGACACGCACGGCCUCACUGUCGCUGUCGAGCCAGAGUAUGUGCGAGGCGUACGAGGUCCUUCUGAUGGACAGAAGCAGAGACAAGAGAAUGUACAUCUUUCACAGGAUGGACUCGCAUGAAGACACCGUGAUGGCCGAGAACAUCCAGCAGCUAGCCAAGGAAGUUGCCGAUGUAGAGUUCGUUAACUAUUCUGAAAUGCCUGCCGGAAAGUCGUACAACGACCUCUUGAAAAAGGCAACAGAGAAAUACAAUGCAAUUAUUGUGCUGGUGACCCCAGACUUUGUGGCCGAUAAAUUGUCCAUGAGUCUGUGCAGCCUACUGAAGCAAUGCGUCCUGCUGUGCCUUCACCCAGAAUCCAUUUCCAUUGACCAAAUUCCCCCAGCGCUCAAGGACUGCCAUCACGCCUUACUGGCCAAGGAAUUGUACAAGGACUUUACAACAAACACCAAUCCAAUCCAAAAACUGCACAUGUGGAGAGAGAUCUUCAACAACUUGAGAAAAGCUAAGCAACUGGUCAAUCCCUCAAAGAAAUAGUUGCCAGGGAAAACUCACACUUAAGUUACAGAUUCAGUUUAUUCUUUAUCCAUGACAAUAUAUUUUGCCUGAGCGGCAUUACGACAAAAACUGCUCCACUGUUUUUCAGUGGAAGAAGCCACCACUGCUAUGCGAGGGAUGAAUGGGUGGUUUUGUAUUAAAGUCUGGUGUUCUGUAGUCUUCCAAGGUAAUCCAAUUAUUAGUGCUUCUGCCCUUCCCAUGCUUGUAAAAUUCAGUGAUUUGGGGUUGAGAAGUGGCUGUACAUUUUAACCGUAAAACCAAUUUACCAAGAGAUUUUCAGCCACAAACAGGUGAACAUUUGCGGAGGUUCAGUUAUUAUAACUCCACGCAACGUACCAUGGUUUCACAGCACAUUCUCUUGGCCUACACAGAACUGUUUUGGAUUUCUGCACGUGCAUUGUAUUCAAACCCUUGAGAACCCCACGCUUAAGUGUUAUAGCCAAACUUCAGCUUGGUGGAGCACUGGUUACCUU